AUGGGGCGUCACGAGGCUGCGACACAUGCAGAAGAAGACGCAAGAAGUGUGACGAAGCGCGUCCGAUGUCUCAAGGCAGGCUUUCCCUGCUCGGGGUACCGUCCACGGCAGAAUGGUACCUUUCGACAAUCUUCUGUCAGCCAUCCGCCAUAUCUCAGCAAAAAGUCUAAAGCUCUUGACCUAGUCGAAGUUCCAAACUGCUUUCCUCAAGCCUGGCCCGACAUAAACACCGAGGCAUGUGCCUUGAGCGCUUUCUUCCAGCAUUUCACAGAUGUUUCUCGAGACCCUACUAUCUCUCGCGGCUAUCUUGACGGCCUCGAGGAUCUCUUUCGGUGUGCAGAUUCUGAUGCCCACAUUCAACAAGCAUGCAGGAUCAUGGCCUUCGCGUGUCUCGGAAGCAGACUGAAGAUGCCGGCUUUACUCGUUCAAGCGAGAUCACUCUAUAUUAAACUGCUACAUUCUUUCUCCCGAUCUCUGCUUAAGCUAUCAAGUCAAGAUGUCAUCGAGUCUUUGGUCACUGCGGUGCUCCUUGGGCUUUACGAGCUGGUUACAGCUGGAUUUACGAAACCCAGCGAUCACGAUGCUCACUCUAAGGGUGUGGCGGCAAUCCUAUGUACGACUAACUCCCCGCUUGAGCUCGUCAGAGGCAGAGGUCUAUUUCAAUUAGCACACUCGCUUUGGAGAAAAGGCCUUAAUCAAACUCUCGAACUCGGUGUUGCCCCAUCGUCAAAGACAUCCAAAUGUAAUACCCAUUUAAUUAAUGGCCCCGAAUUUGAUCAUUCAAAGCUAUACCGACUUUUAUCAAAAGCAGAGACUCUAAUGCUCAGUCAACAUGCUCUUUCCGAGGACGUCAAUGAGCUCCUUGAGGAAGCUUAUUUGUGGGACCGAGACUUGGCUCGCUGGCCAGCAAGUCGACCAUACGAAGCUGCGAGAGCAUCGACAGUUCAACCCCAAAUGCAGAGCCAACUGCCAUCAUGGUGGCCGCCUACAGCGGACACAUACUUUGAUUUGUACGUGGCUGCGACAUGGAACACAUACCGCAAGAACCGGCUAUUACUGCUAAAUGUGAUAAUUCAAUGUUUAGAGAGGCUUCAAGAGAAGGAUGCACAUGGCCGCAAGCAAGCAGAAGCUGCAGGACUCGCCAGAGAUAUCAUGGCUUCAAUUCCAUUCCACCUCACAUACGCCUCCGAAGGUCUUCGCCAGGUUUCAAACCAUAGCAUUGGCGGGAUUGCGGUAGGCAAAACUAUUGGGGGCAUGUUGUUGAUGCAUCCUCUUUGCGUCGCAUCAAACUUGUCAAUUGUGCCAGCGCAAUUGCGAACUCAGAUGCGGGAGUGUCUUGCAUGGAUCGGUGAGCACAUGGCUAUCGGUCAGGCCAGUGUCUUUUCCACUGUAAGUUGUCUCCCCAAGGUUCAUGAACUCGAAUUGACCAGUUUGGAGACAUCUGUUACGUUUCCCGCCGACUCAAUCGUCCACGGCUAUGUCCUCCUCUGGGCGGGUAUGCUCCUUCGCCCUAAAAUUCAGCCAGCGACAUGA